ACACAGGGACAGAGACACUGAGAGAGAGGAGAGAGAGCAGGGGUGGAAUCACAAAGUAUCUCCUGAUGGAGACCCUUCACAACAUCUGGACCUUUUACUUACUCCUGCUGGCUUGCCAACAGCACAUCAAUGCAACAUCCAACAUACAGCGUUGUCACCAGGCGGUGAACGGCUCCAUAUACGAGUAUGGUGCCAGGACUUUGAUCGGAAGCGUGUACAUUCCUCUUCGUCAGUUUGCUGGGAAGUAUGUCCUCAUUGUAAACGUGGCCUCCUUUUGAGGACUUACCUUCCAGUAUGUUGAACUGAAUGCACUGCAGGAGGAGCUGAAGGAUCAUGGGUUCAUCAUCCUCGGAUUCCCCUGUAACCAAUUUGGGAAGCAGGAGCCCGGAGAAAAUCAUGAAAUCUUGUCCAUAUUGAAGCAUGGCAGACCGGGCAGCGGCUUUGUUCCAAACUUCUUCCUCUUUGAAAAAGGUGACGUCAACGGUUACAAUGAGCAAAAACUGUUCACCUUCCUGAAGAACUCUUGCCCACCUGUGGGUGAAAGCUUCGGACACAUCUAUGGCCGGCUCUUCUGGGAGCCACUGAAAAUCAGUGACAUCAAGUGGAACUUCGAAAAGUUUCUGGUGGGUCCUGAUGGAAAGCCCUUGAUGAGGUGGUUUCCCAGGGUGAAGGUUUCCGAAGUCCGAGCUGACAUCCUAAAUGUUCUCGCCCAAAAUAGCCAACAAAACUUACAAAUUCAGAAAUAGCUCAUUAAAAUAUAUUUUUACCUUCUUAAGAUAUGUUAAAGAGUUUUUAGAUUUUAAUAUGAUGCAAAUUUUCUUAAAUCCCAGUGUAACAGAACCACUGAACUGAACAUUUCAGUUUUUAUCAUGUACAACACUUAAAAAGUACAUUGUUUUUUUUUUUUUUGGUAAGGCAGGCAGACGCACGGCACAGGGGGUGAAUCUGGAGAUCUUAGCAUGUUAAUGAAGGUCAGGUUUAAAAGCAGGACGUUCUGCGGAGCCUGACUGGAAACUGGGUGAACAUAGCGGCUCUUCAGUGCAUUCAGGCCACUCUGUUCCACCCAGCCAUGUCUUGUUAUCCAGAUUGACCCACCAAACUCUGCUGCUGCCUGCUGGAUUCCUUAUUAAUAAAGCAUUCCGAGAAA